CAUAGCUGAGAGCUUCACUUCCAGGGCAAGGAUUCCAGGAUUGCUUGCUGAGGAUUUUAAAUAGAAGCAAAUUUCCCCCAAACUUGAACUGUUCUGAGGGCAAGUUUGUAUUUUGACACCAUUCUAUCAUUUAUUCUCAUGCACUGAGGCAGGAUGGAUGUUCUACUUCACUCCAAUUUGGAUUUCAACCGGACGUAUGUGGAUGAGCAGGCCUACUUUGAGCACAGAACUGAUGGAUUUGGCAUCACCAUGGCUAUUCUCUACCUGGCGGUUUGCCUUAUGGGUCUGACUGGAAACUCCCUGGUCAUCGCGUCCAUUUUGAUGUUGGACAAAAUGUCGUCUGCGGCCACAGUGUACAUUUUCAAUCUGGCUCUGGCCGAUGGUCUCUUCAUGGUUGGUCUUCCUUUCAUAGCUAGCCAAAACAUACUGAACCACUGGAUGUUUGGGGACAUGGCGUGCAAAGUCGUCAUGGUCCUAGACGGCAUCAACCAGUUCACCAGUGUGUUCUGUUUGACAGUGAUGAGCAUCGACCGCUACAUGGCGCUGGCUGAACCCUUUCAGUGUGCUCAAUGGAGAACUCCACGCUGCGCCAAGGUAGUCUCUGCCUUUCUCUGGCUGUUCUCAUUCAUUACAAUCCUGCCCAUGGCACUUUACUUUUCAACUAAUCAAGGUCUGUGUACCAUAGACCUGGUCUCGGACGCCUGGUGGCUUGGCAUCCUCUCUUACACGUUUGUGUUGGGCUUUGUGUUGCCAUUCACAGUCAUGACGGCCUCCUACACGGCGUUGCUUCUCACUCUCAAGACCCGGCGUCUCGAAGGCAUGACACCAAACUGUGAGAGCCAACGGUUGGAGCAACAGGUGACCAAGAUGGUCGUUGCAUUGGUGGUUGUGUUCGCAAUGUGCUGGCUACCAUUUUACACAUUCAACUUUUUCUCUUUGUGUCAAACUGGACUGGUCCAAAACUUCACCCGAGCUUUUGAGUUUGUGGUGCUUCUGUCGUACUCGUGGAGCUGUGCUAAUCCCAUACUUUAUACCUGCCUCUCUGACACCUUCAGGAGGCAUUUCCGCACUCUCCUCUGUCCCGCCUCCAAGACACCUGUCACCGAACAAUAUGAUCCAAAUGACACCGGAGUGCAAACUGACAACAAUCUGGCAUAGAAAACUGAAGCAGAGCCAAAUCAUUUCUAAAGACUGUUUUCGUUCAUGGUGCACUGCAUGAUACCUUUAAAUGACACCUUGCUACCCAAAUUAAGAUGAUUUUGCUUCUUUUGUGAGAGAAAAUUUGCAUUUAUCACGUCUUUUUCUUCUCUUUUGUAUACAUAGUAAAUCAUCGAUGUGAAUGAAACAGUUUUUUCUCCCUGCAUGUUGAGCUGUGAGGUUGUUUGCAAAGACUGAAUUUUGUGUUUGAUUAACUGUUGAGAAUUUCUGUCAUGUUCAGAAUUUGCAAAAUUAAUUUCGUUCCUCCAGAAUA